AUGGAAAAUAAGGUUAGAAAGCGUCUAAACACUACAACCGUGUCUUCUCAAGAUGCGAAGAGACCGAAAGCGAAGUUCCCUGUCAAUCCGAUCCGCGACUUCCAGAAGGUAAACAUUUCGUUUCGUUGUAUUUGGUUUUCCUCAAUUACGAUCUUUUUUUCAGAUAUUCCAAGACAAGACUCCAUCGGUUCGAGAAAUCCGAACUGAAAUGAGGAGAGUAAAGAGGAUUGGGAUAAGAUGGGUUCAAAAAAAGAAACAACUGCCUACGGAAGAAGCCGAGGAAACUUUAAUUGACAUUGACAAUGAUGAAGACGAGGACGAGAACGAGGACGAUCCGUUCAUGCAAGCGCAAUCCCAAGAAGUAGAUACUCCCACAGCGAAUGUAGGACCAGCUUCGGCUAGUGGCCCACCCUUCUACGUGCCGAUUCAUGAAAACUUUCGUGUGAAGGACACGACCCGCCUCCAGAAACCUCCGUGCAUUCCGGGAGUCGUUGAUUACACGAGAAUCUGUGAAAAGCUAUUUGAGAAGUAUGAAGACGGAAUCCGCGGACUGUCCCAAGACUUUUGCAAAAUAAGUGACUGGACGCUUCACAAAAUAAUGUGCGAGGGACUGCCCCUGGCUCGCAAUCCGGAUCUUUUCUACUAUGUUUGCUACCGUCUUUGGCCCACCAAGGGAACACAGUUAGAAAUGAGCCAAGUGUGAGUAUCAUUUUCUGGUCGCAGCUUUAUACAUUGUCAUUGUUUCAGAUUUCCAAAAUUAUGUGCUCUCUAUGACGUUGACGGAGUCGACAACACAAUCUUAGAGCCGUUCAAGCCACGCCAGAAAGGAGAAAUGGAGCCGCGAGAGCACAAUCUCAAGAACUACUUCUUCAAUAAUCUGCCACUCCCGACCGCCAACACCUACGCCCACGCUUGCUCGGAAGAGUGUUUCAAAGGGAUCACGCUGGAUGAGAUCAAGGAGAAGCUUCAAGUCUCUCAGUCAGACAUUUCAAAUCAGAGUGUGAUAGUGCACAUCUCCAAGAGUAUCAGACUGGCAACGGACGAGUAUCAAAUGCUUACUGCGUUCUUCCUCUCCGACGAAAAGAAUGUCGACUUCUGCGGAGUUGUCCGGGAGCGCGAUACCGAGAAGACUUGCAAAGAGGUUUACCGCUUGAUUCUGGAGAAGUGUGUACAAAACCCGACAGCUGAUCAAGUGAAGCAAGAGAACACGUUCAAGAGACCGUACUCUGAACGGUAUUCCACUUUCAAGCUGUCGAUGCAUGUGUUGAGAAAGGCGAAGGAGGUCGAACGAACGCGAGAGACAACGGAGCGAGCGAUGGAAGAAGGCUUGUCGGUGGAAAAGGAACUUGCUAAGGUUCGAAAGACAAACGCCCUGAAGCUCUGCGUCGGUGACCAUGUCCCUUGCGCCCACCUCGGACCAUGCGGACCAGACAGACCUGGAUGUACCUGCGGCCGAUUCUGCACGUCAAAUUGCCAGUGCGACAUAAACUGUUCGCGUCGCAAUCCCGGAUGCAAUUGCUCUCCCGGAAACUGUAAGAGCGAGCGAUGCCACUGCGUUGCUGCGCAGUGGGAAUGCGAAAAAGGAGUCUGCGGAAACUGUGAUCUGGGAGAGUUAGCCGACGGACGGAAUAUUUGCAGCAACAUGGACUCUCUACGUCUUCGCCCAAAGCCGAUAAUAGUACAAAAAUCGGUAAUUGCUGGAUGGGGUGCAUUCGCCGGACAGAGCUUCGUGAAGGAUGAACUGCUUGGAGAGUAUCUCGGAGAGAUAAUAUCAGAGUCGGAAACAGAGCGCCGAGGUGUUCUCUACGAGCUGUCGACCAGCUACAUCUUUGGUAAGCCUUCAACAAACCUAAACAUUCUUGGAAACUCAUAAUAAAUUUCUUUAUCUUUCAGGAAUCCCCGGCGGUGGAAGCAUCGACGCAUAUCGGUAUGGAAACGAGUUCCGAUUCGUCAACCACGCACAGAAGCCGACGUGUUACGUGAAGUUCAUCAUGAACAAGGAAAAAGUGCACGCGUUGUUUUACGCGGCAAGAGCUAUUCAGUCAGGCGAAGAACUGACCUUCGACUACAAAUACGACAAAGAAACCCGGAAAAGGUUUUUCAACACAUCGGCAGCGGACAGGUUAGUUUUUUUUAACAUGAGAAUGAGGAGACAGUGUUGAGAGUUCAAUUGCAGAAUCAAAAUGAUGUGUGGCGAUGGGGUCGUUGAAGAGAUGGCUGAGAAAAAGGUGGAGAAGAAGAAAGCGGAAACAAAGGAUUGCAACAAAGAAAAUCGAAAACCAAAGAAGUGA